AAAAAUGUUUAUGAUAAUGUACAUCGAAAGUUAGUGAUCUGAUUUGAAUGUUCAAGAAAAACAGUAUUUAUCUAACGAAAUAUAUGAUUGUAUCUGCAAAAUAAAAUUCAGUAGAUAUGUAUAGAUUACUUAUUAAUCGAACAUUAGUUACAAAUCAAGUUCUAAGGAAAACAAGUGACGAAGUAGCCGGUAGUGUUAAGAAAAAUACCAAAAUUACAUCAAAAGAACAAAAAAAAUAUACAGAAACCGUUCUGCUUCCACGAACCGAAUUUCCUGUACAACUUAAUGGAAAAGCACGAAUAGAGGCAGAUAAACGCUUAACUGAAAAGUGUGGUUUUUCUGAAUUGUACGAGUGGCAAAAGAAAAAUCUUUCAGGGCCAGAUUUUGUUUUACACGAUGGGCCUCCUUAUGCAAAUGGAAUUCCUCAUAUGGGACAUGUUAUUAAUAAGAUUUUGAAGGAUGUAACAUUAAGACAUAAGAUUAUGAAUGGAAAUCGAAUCCAUUAUAUACCAGGUUGGGAUUGUCAUGGAUUACCAAUUGAGUUAAAGGCUAUUAAAGGUUAUAAAAGUGAAAAUGAUCCUUUAGAGAUCAGGAAAAAAGCCCGUAAUUAUGCUGAAGAAGCUAUUGCUAGACAGAAACAAGCUUUCCAGUCAUGGGGUGUGACAGCCAAUUGGAGUGAAUCUGAAUGUUAUUUUACCAGUCACUCAUCAUAUAUGAAAAAUGAACUUCAUCAAUUUAUAAAAUUGUAUGAGAAAGAUAUUAUAUUUAGAGAUUUCAUGCCAGUUUAUUGGUCUCCUUCUUCAAGAACAGCAUUAGCUGAGUCUGAAUUAGAAUACAAUCAACAGCAUCAAAGUAAAGCUGUGACUGUUCGUCUACGUAUUAAUGAUAUUCCAGAAAGGUUAAAUUCAUUUAAAAAUCGUGCUGUAUAUGCAUUAAUAUGGACCACUACAUCGUGGAGUUUAGUGGCUAACCAAGCUAUAUCUUUCUCUUCAGAUGUUACAUAUUGUCUUGCUGAAGAUGAUAAAAGAGACUUAUAUAUUGUUGCUAAAGAACUAUUAGGAGCUACUGAAUCAAAGAUUGGUCCUUUGAAACCAAUAGUAUCCUUCGAAGGCAAAGAAUUGGAGGGCAGCACGUACUUUCAUCCCUUCACCAAACAAAAAUGCCCUUUAUUAGCUGCAAAUCACGUUACGACAAAUGCGGGAACAGGUUUAGUUCAUAUUGCUCCUGCACAUGGUCAAGAAGAUUUUCUAGUUGCACUCAAAAAUAAAAUUCCCAUUUUAUCCAUGGUAGAUUCUAAAGGUCUGUACACUGAAGAGGCUGGGCCAGAAUUUUAUGGAUUAGAAGUAUUAACAGAGGGAGUUGAUAAAGUAAUGAAUCUCCUGGCUCGAGAUAUAUUGCAUGUGGAAACAUUAACACACAGUUAUCCAUAUGAUUGGCGAACAAAACAACCAGUUCUUAUUCGUGCUAGUCAUCAAUGGUUCAUUAAUAUAAAUUUUAUCAGGGAAAAAAUUAUUGAGAACGUUGCGAAUGUGAAUGUAUAUCCUAAACGUAAUCGUGCAUCUUUUAUGAAUGCUUUACUUGCUGGAAUAAGGAAUCGACCGUAUUGGUGUAUUUCGCGACAACGUUCUUGGGGAACACCCAUACCUGUAAUAUAUAGCAAAACAACAGGCUUAGCAUUUACGAAUAAAGAAUUAGUUGAACGUUUAUGCGAUUCGAUAGAUCGAUAUGGUCCUGAUUGCUGGUGGGAAUAUUCUGUAAAAGAUCUAAUAGGAUUAGACAUAAUUAAAAAAUUGAAUAUUGAUCCGGACGAUAUAGUAAAAGGAAAUGAUAUCAUGGACAUUUGGUUCGAUAGCGGAAUUUCAUGGUCAAUGGUUUUACCAAACAAAAAAGCAAAUCUUUAUUUAGAAGGAUAUGAUCAAUUCAAUGGUUGGUUCCAAUCAUCCCUAAUAACAUCUGUAGCUUUACAGGGGUGCCCACCUUAUAGUGAUUUAUUUGUACAUGGAUUUGCAGUCGAUGAAAAAGGCUUAAAAAUGUCAAAAUCAAUAGGAAAUGUAAUAAAUCCAGAAGAAAUUUUGCUAGGUGGAUCUAAUUUGAAGAAAAAUCCAGCGUAUGGUGUCGAUGUUUUAAGAUGGUGGGUAGCUAAUCACAGUUCCCAACAUACACAUGUGCCGGUUUCAAAAAAUUUAUUUGAUGAAUGUAAAACAUGCGUUAACAAACUUCGUUUAAUGCUGCGCUUCCUUCUGGGUACUUUACAUCAUCAUCCGGGUAUAAAUUGCAAACCUGAAUAUCGAAUUAUUGAUAAAUACAUGUUGUACUUAUUAUAUUCGUAUAAUGAACAGAUGCAGCAACAUUAUAACAACUAUGAGUAUCAUCAUGCGGGUAAAACGACUAUGCAUUUUAUAGCAAAUGAUGUAUCAGGUCUUUACUGUACUAUAAUAAAAGAUAGACUUUAUUGUGACGAGAUAACAUCUUCGAUGCGCACUGCAGCUAUGCAAGUUAUAAAAGAAAUUCUGAAUGUUCUUAUCAGAUCCAUUGCACCAAUUCUACCUCAUCUAGCAGAAGAAGCAUGGCUAUAUCACCCCGAAAAUAUCGCAUCGAUACCAUUGCAUUGUACGCAAUAUAAAAUAUCAGAGUCAUGGAAUGAUUCAAAAAUCGCACAAUACAUAGAUGCGGCAAUUCGAUUGAGAAAUAAUGUUUUAAAAGUCGCUGAUAAAACUACAUGGAAAUUAUAUGGCGUUAUAGAAGCUACAAAAGAUGAUUUUGUUUUGCUUUCUCUUCUUCACGACCAGCAAAAACCAUCAAUGUCUGAAUUAUGUGAAAUAUUACAACUGUCAUCGGUUACAUUAAUUGAAAAUCAUACUAUCACUGAAACACAAAUCAAACUAUACGAUAUUCAGGAGAAGUUGUGCGAACGUUGUAGGAGAUAUCCUAGAAGUCAGAAAGAUGAUCUAUGUCCACGUUGUGUUAAUGUACUCAUUAAAAAUAAACCAUUGAUUGCGGUUGUGUAAUAAUUUUUAUCGAAAA